GUGGGUGUUGGUAUUCGAAGAGGCAUGCAUCGAAUCAUACAUUUUCGCCAGGGGUGCAUUUCUACCUAUAGUCUGCUCAUCCCGAAGCAUGCGUUCAUCGCAUUUUACAUGAAUUAUUCUCAUCAGGGCACACGAUCCCCAAUUUUUUGCUUUAUAUAUCACGAAAACAAUCAAUACGUAGCAUGGACGCAUCGCUACCCAAGGAGGCGUGACAGCCACUACGAGUGCUUGAACGAUCCCGUCUACUCUGCUGAAUGUGAUGCGCUGAAGGUCUUGUCGAAGAAGACGAGCCGGAUCCCGAGGCGCAUUGACUGCUGGGUGCUGAGAAAAAAAGCUGGUGACUGGUCUAUCUACGCACCUUGCAGCUCUCUGCCUGGAUUCAUGCACAUUUUCCCCUCUUGUUUGUACUUCCUGAUUGUACUAAACCGACCCUGGAGAGCACCAUGCUGUUGUGAUGACGGCCCUCGACCGUGACCAACUGCGAUUGACCAUUGCGGUUGCACGCCGUCCCUGGUCUCAGCCGGGCCUGGUUCGUGAGGGGACUCGUAUGUUGUCAUCGAACCAUGAAAUGAGAAGUCACUAGUAACAAUGCGCAGGAGUUGCUGGGCAC